AUGCGAUGCAUUGGAGAACACACAAACUCUAUUUAUUCCUGCCUCUCAUCUCUCAGGGACUGCCCAUGUGAAAAAUUCAUCAGGGAAAUCAUCUUCUUCAGUCAUGACAAAUAUUACAGUCUUACAGCAACAAUUCCAUUUAAAAAUAAGCACAAAAACAGUAGAAAUAAAAGAACUACAAGUCAACAACAAAACAACAAUAAAAAUUUUGUAAAACAUUGCAAACAAAAUAGAAACAAGACAGACAAGAAGGCAGACAGACGGACAGACAGACAGAGAGACAGACAGACAGACAUCAAGGCAGACAGACAGACAGACAGACAUAGAGACAGAAAGAAAACAAUAGCAGGAAUGUAUCGCAACAGCAGAGAACGAUUCUCAGCAUCAUUGAUCGAAAAGAAUUCACCAACACACGCAAGCAGCACAAUUACAUCAGCAAGAAUAUCAUCAGAUGACAUCAAUAAUUACUGCAACUUUGACGCAUACUCGCCACAAAUAUUUUUAGAAUCGCCGCAAUCAGAGCUUCUAUUUGACCCAUUCGCCACAAUUUUUGUCGACAGCUGCUGCUCUGAAGGUUUCUUUCCACAGAAUAAAAUACACCGUAAGGAAGAAAAAGAAGAAGAUGAUGAUGAAGAGGUUGGCGGCGCAUGGAUGGACGUGAAUGACGAUGUUCAUGAUAUUAGCAGGGAGGUUGAUUGUACACGUGAUUUAGUGCACGGCAGAUAUGAAGAUGAUCUCGACGGUUUGCUGGGCAUGGAUGCUAACGAGGUAUUCGAUCCAUUGCAAACAAUUGUAGAUGACGACGUUUGCUGUCAAGUUCAUAUACACAACGAACGAGUGAACGACUUUCACGAUCAGGCGUUUGCAUCUUAUUCAAAUAAUCUAAAUAAUUACAAAAAUGACGUCGACGACGAUGAUAGAUGUGAUGACAGUAAUUUGGAGAUGGAAACUCAGAGCGAUCAAGUAAGGAGUGAUGCGGCUGACAACGAGGAAUGUUACGUCGAACAAAUGCCAAACUGUGACUCUAAUUACUCAUCGUCACUGGAUGACGAAAAAAAUUCAUCGAUCAAGGAAUCUCCUCUCACUUCUAAUUCGCCUCUGACCUCUCCAGAAACUGUGAUGACGUCAUCGUCUACGUCAUCGCAACAUUCUAACACGAGUGGUCAAUCGAGCGAUAACGGCAUUGAAUUAAUUGAUCUUAAGAGUGAAGCGGUCCUAACGAAAUGGUUUGCAAAGAAAGUACAAACUGAUGGUGGCGUCAGUAGUGGCGAAAAUAAACUGACCGAGGUUCGGGAAAAAAUUAACGUUACUGCAAAAACUGGUACGAUGUCAUGGUUCUCAAGAGUUUUGCCAGAUUUCGGAAAAUAUUUUCCAACCGUCUCAUCCGGUAUAAGAAGGCUGGAAAGUUUCAUUCCAAAGAUUUCCCUCGACGUCGAAAAUGUUGUAGAUUGUGAGAAACAGCUAGAAAUAGGAACUGAAGAUUUUAACUCCAUUAGAAAAUUUAAAAAACUUUUUGAAGACUGUUUAUUUAACAAUAGAUCACGUGAUGUUAAUGGAAAAAAUGCCGACGAAAAUUAUUUUCCUGUAAAUUCAAACGAAACUGAAGCUUUGAAAUUGCAAAAUGGAAAUAAAAUUGUUAAUGGAGACAGUAAAACAAUGUUUAAAAAAUCUCCGAAGCGUAGUGUGUUUCAAUCAUUAACUCAACAGUUAUCGUUCACUCGUUUCAGCUCGGAUAAGGAGGAGAACGUGGGUAGCGGCUUCUCUAACGACGUACAAGUUACAUUCCAGAACGAACAAGUUAACAUUGCAAUUAUUGAUGAGUGCUUUGUUGACUUGGGUAGGUUUUCCAUUAAUUUAGCUUACAAAAAACUUUGGACAAAAAUAUACAGUCAAUUUUUUUUAAAUUCACCUUUCAAAUUAACAAUAGCCCUAAACGAUAGAAGACGACUCAAAAACAAUGCAUCUCCAUCAUCAACUUCUAAACAAUUCAAAGAAAAAAAUGAUAAAUCGACUUCAGAAGAGAGUUAUGACUUGUUAAAUUUCAGCCAAAUUUUUGAGGAGGACGACGACAAUAACGUAGAUGAUCCGCUCUCUGAACGUUUCGUAACAGUUAGAGAUGUUGUGACUAACUUACCGUACGUUUCUAACGAAUAUUCUGCUAAACGAGAACUGAAAGUGCAAACAUUCGGCAUUAAAAAAGAUAACAAAAUAAUCGGCAGAAAAAUUGAAUUAGCCAGGUUAAAGAUUUUUUCGCCUUCAGCUAAAAACAUCCAAAACGAGAACUUACCGCUGCAAGUGGCCGUUCACAUGCUUUCACGACACAACGCCAAGAUUCGAUUGCACAUCGAGUUGAUACCGAGACUACAAUGCACUGGCACCGUCGUUCGCCUCCCGGUGGCGCAGAGCUGGAUGGAGUUACUGAAGAAGAUGAGAUGCAGUAGAAACGCGAGCAGCAAGCAUCGAGUUGGCGGUAGCAGUGCUGGUGUUGCCGUUACGGGCUUUGAAAAGUUGCAAGUCUUUUUAAAUUCACACGAACGCACUGAUGUUAAUUUUCUUGAAGUGACUUGCGGCGAAGCCUGGUUUUGCGAAUCAGACGAACAAAUCAACUGGUUUGUCGGUAGUUUGACACAACAAAACGAAGCAGCCCUGGCGACAAUUCUUCAGACACUUCCAUUCACACCUCAGUGA